AUGUCGAAGGCGUUUGCAGCAGGAUUCGGCGCUGUGGUAGUGCAACUCUUUUCCGGCCUUGCGCCCGGGCGUGCUUCGUGGGGCUGGACUGUUACAUGGACCCUGACAGUGCCAGAAGAAGGUGAUUUCACGUGCCAAGAGGGCAGCACUGGCAGCACUUUUACUGGCACUAAAGGUUUCUCUGGGGAUGCCGACUUCACCUGCACUGUGGUGCCCAACUCUGACAAGACGUGUGACGUAAACCGCAUCAGAAUGAGGUGCUCCGAUGCAAGUGGAGUGCCGCAAGGUUUCCUUCCUACGGCUGGCAACUGCGUCCAGGAUGGUCAUGCAGGUAGGAACGUGACCCCUGAUGCCCUCUCGUGGUCUCAACGUCCUGUUUGCACACCUGUUGAACCUGCUGAAUCUACUGCAGCGAGCAGAAUGGCACCCUUCGCAACGGCAGCUUUUCUGGCUGGGCUGAACUUGUGA